UCAUUUUUGAUCUUACACAUUACUCUCUCUUUUCUUUGUCCUAAACUCAUGUCUGUCCUUUCUUCUUCUUUAUUUGAAUUCACUUUUUCUUUGUUUGUUUUCAUCAUUUUGACUGAAAAUUCAUCAUGCUUAGCAAUGUUUAGUAGCAAAAUUACACGCAUUCCUCGCGAGCUUAGAGUUGAUUACUAUGCUAAAUCUUGUCCUCAGUUAGAACAACUUGUUGGUUCAGUCACUUCUCAACAAUUCAAACAAUCACCUGUUUCUGGACCUGCCACCAUUCGUCUCCUUUUCCAUGAUUGUUUUGUAGAAGGUUGUGAUGCAUCAAUUUUAAUAGCGUCAAAGCCAGGGAGCAAAGAGUUAGCAGAGAAAGAUGCAGAGGACAAUAAAGAUUUGAGGGUGGAAGGUUUUGAGACUAUAAAGAAGGCCAAGGAAGUUGUGGAAAAAAAGUGUCCUAAUGUAGUGUCUUGUGCAGACAUUCUUGCAAUUGCAGCUAGAGAUUUUGUGCACCUAGCAGGGGGACCCUAUUAUCAAGUAAAGAAGGGAAGAUGGGAUGGAAAGAUAUCAAUGGCAUCAAGGGUAGGGUCCAACAUCCCUCGUGCAAACUCAACCGUCGAUGAGCUUAUCAAACUUUUCGGCUCAAAAGGCUUAACCACACAGGACAUGGUUGCACUCUCUGGGGCACAUACAAUUGGGUUUGCUCAUUGCAAGAACUUUGUGAGCCGCCUCUACAAUUACCGGGGAAAGGGUCAACCUGAUCCGGAUAUGAACCCUAAACUAUUGCAAGCUCUUAGAAUGUACUGUCCAAAUUUUGGUGGAAACUCAGAUAUUGUUGCACCAUUUGAUGCCACUACUCCUUUCAUAUUUGACCAUGCAUAUUAUGGUAACUUGCAAAGCAAGAUGGGUUUGUUAGCAUCUGAUCAGGCUUUGGCUUUGGACCCGCGAACUAAGUCACUGGUUCAAGAUUUUGCAAAGGAUAAACAGAAGUUUUUUCAAGCUUUUGUAGCUGCUAUAGACAAAAUGAGUUUAGUGAAAGUUGUGAGAGGGAAAAUGCAUGGGGAGAAAAGAAGAGAUUGUAGCAUGCAUAUGUGAGAAGUUAGAGAGAUAUAGAUUACACAAUUCUUGCAUUUAUAACUAGAUUCAUUGACUUCACUACAAGUUUUCUGUUACUGGAGUUCAUCUUGAAACACAGAUUUUGUUUAGUGUAGAGUUGUAAAUGCAAUAGUUGUUCACAUUUAUUCACUAAGGAUAAUCUUUUAUAUA